AUUCCUCCGCCAAAAAAAUUUAUCUUCUUCAUUUAGUUUUGUUUAGUUGUUCUUUUAAAUGUUUGUUUAUAAAGUUUGUCUCUGGGAGGUUACUCUUACCUCACCUGCUUAUGGCUCCGAAAAAGUUGUAUACCUUUGCCAGCUCUGUGUAAUCUCUUGUCAGUCUAACAUAAAUCUAAUAGAUGACAAUAAAAAUCGAUUGAGAGUACUAUAUUUACAGCUCAGAACUCAAAUCAAAUCAAAUCAAAUAUUAAUUAAGUUUAUAGUUUUGAUUCGGCUUGGAUAGUGGAUUUCACCUGUAUAAGUGAGCUGAAAUAAGAGGAAAUUAAAAACGAAAAAAGCAUAGGAGAAUCCAUGUGUCGUACGUUCUUGUUGUAAAUCGGGUAAUUUUUCUUCGGUAUUUUUGCAUUCUUAACAAUGCUCCCGCAGCUCUUCUACUGUAUGACCCUUGUCGUUUAACCUCUUCGUUAACGUCUAUGAGUUGCGGUAACAUGGCUGUCCUCAAUGGAGGUACUUCCAUUUUUUUAUGGGGUUACUGCUUCUAGUCCACAAACUAGAGAGUAAGGGUUUGGGUUUGUGUUUGUGUUUUCGUUGACUUAUGUAAGGAGUUAUCUAAAAAGAAAAACAUGAGCUAUGAUUAAAUAUGGAAAAUGUAUGUUUUAUUGUUAAUGAGAUCGAUAAUAAACUAUGAAUACAUAGGGAACCUAAGGACAAGAGAGUAUGAAUGUUUUACGAAUAUAGUUUAGCGAUCGAGAGACUUGGAUGGCCUUGUCUUGGCUUUUCCUCUUUCUUUUAUAGAUCUUUGGAGAUGGAUCGUAAGUUCGUAACAGCGAAUCAGCGAUGAUCCUCGCGUGGAUAAAAUGUUUUUAUGUAGUCUUUGCCUUUGAUUUCUUUACGUUUUACUUUGACUCACCGAGUUCGGCGGUGAAAUUCUCUCAGCCCGGGUGGGCUUUGAUAUCUACGUGGGUCUAUCGUUCCUUCUUGGGCUUCGAUAAUACUUGAUCUGGGCUUUAUUAUGCUUGGGAUGAGAUCUCGAACAGGGGUCACGCACAUCCAUCAAUGUGGUGGAUGCGCCCCUAAUCCCAAUCACUUUGUUUGGCUUUGCCUGUAAAAGAAUCAGAGAAGAGAGGUAUAAUCUUUUGAAGGUAGAAAUAGCUGAUAUUUAUGACUUUUAAAGUGUAUUUUAUUUCAGUGUCCUCAUUCUUUCAACUUAAAACUAUCGAUGUAUAUUUUUCUUUUUUUAGUACUAGAUUUCACGUUUUAAAUAAAAAAACGUUGGACAAAACAGGGGAUAAUUCAAGGGACAACUGUUAUGUUAUUUAUUGACAAUAUUGAAUAAAAUAAGCCUUAGACAGAAAAAAAAAUGGGACAAUUCGUAAGCUAAGAGUUUAAAAAGGUAAAAAAUAAGAGAUUUAAACUCAUCAAUAUGGAGACGUGUAAAUAUGUAACAAUUUCUAUGGGAUAUACAGUAAUCUUAUAUGGAUGGAUAUAUUUAAUGUUACAAACUCUGAAUCUUUUAUGUACAUAUCUAAGGAAUAAUGACCUGAAACCCUAGUUGGGAAAACAUUUUAAAUAAAGUAGUCAAUCUAAAAGCAAAAGACCCCUAUGGCAAACAAGGAGAACCUUCCAUGCGAUUUGAUUGUAGAGAUCCUCUCUCAUGUCCCUCCUAAUUCUCUUAUCCGAUUCAGAACCGUAUCUAAGCAAUGGAACACUCUUAUCAACGACAAGGCCUUCAUCAACAACAACAAGACGACGUCUCAAUUCUUCUUAGCAACCAAAUCCAAGAUUUAUGGAGUAAGAGUCAAUCCAAAGAUAGAGGUCAGUGAGUUAACAUUAGAUAUUCCCGCUUUAGAAUCUCUGUUACCUAGACAUUUGAUCAAUUGUGAAGGGCUUUUGCUAUGUUCCAUGGGUAAAGGAGCUGUGGUUUGGAAUCCGUAUUUAGGACAGACUAGAUGGAUCGAGCCCGAGAGUAACCACCCUCUCAUUAAAUUUUAUGGCAUAGGUUAUGAUUAUGAUAAUCGUUACAAGACCCUUGCAUCUUAUAAGAAGUACUGGGCUACCAAGACAUCUUGGAAAACCCAUGACUUUUCGUCUGAUGCAUGGAAGGACCUACACACUAUGGUCAUGAUAUCUGAUAGUAGUACUCAUAAGAAAGGAGGAUCUAUUACAUUUCACACCACAUGUGGUUUAUCGUUGAACGGAACUUGGUAUCGGAUUGCUUCUUAUGACAAGACAAAGUACUUGUUCUUCCUAAUUAACUUUGAUUUUUCGAUCGAAGCAUUCUACAAAUUCUGUGAUCUACCUUGUGAAGAUAAUCAUCAUCAGGAUACUCUUGUUAUUGGGGCUUUCAAAGGAGAUCGGUUUUCGUUGUUAAAGCAAUCCCAUCUAACAAAGAAGAUUCAGAUUUGGCUGACCAAGAACAAGAUUCAUAAUAAGGGUGGUGCAGAUGUGGAGUGGAUGAAUUUCAUGGAAGUGUCAGCUCCUAACUUACCGACUCUAGUACAGACUAGAUCCUACUCGCAGCCAAGUUUCUUCAUCGAUGAUAAAAGACUUGUAGUGUGUUCUUGUGACGAAACUGGCUGGGCUUGGAUCUAUGUUGUGGGGAACAAUAACUUGAUCAGAAAAAUAAAAAUAGAUCUUGUAGAUCCUUGGCCUUUGCAUUGUUCCUUUACUCCUAGUUUGAUCUCGGUUCCUCGAGGUAAAAAAGGUGAAGAAAAAUUACAACUUUAAUCUCACUACCUUCUGCUUUUUUGUUCGCUUCUUGAAGAAGCUUCAAUUGAUUUGGAUUUUUGUGUUCAUUAACAAACCAUCUUCUAUGUUCUAAUUUUACUGUUUUUUUUUUCCUUUUUGUUUGAUUUUAUUUUUACUGAACAACUUCUAUUAGAAUAUUUUGGAGCAAACAAGAUACUAUUUAGGGGAUUCAGUUCAACUCUUGUGGUUUUGACUCUGAUCUGUGAUCACUAUGUUAGCUUUUACUUGUUGGAUUAAUAAGCUUUCGGCGCACUAGUCUUGUUGAGAUUUUGAAACGGAGGAGCAUUUUUACAUGUUCGGGAAACAUGCACGUUCUACUUACUAGCAUUAAAACAUCACCAUAUUCUCACACGAGUGAUUUUAUAGUCUACAAAAGCUCUUUCAGAGACAGAUUCUCUUUGCCUUUUUUAAAGGUACCUUCACAAUUGUAAAGAUUAGUGGUGAAAGUACUUCUAAGAUCUCAAGAAAACAGAGCAUUUCAAAACCAUUUAAAACCCAACUAACGCCUAGGCAUGGUAAUUUUUUUCUUUCCAAGACACCUUUGUUUAUGAAAACAAAAAAAAUUAUAACUGAAGUAAGAUUUACUAUAAAGAAAAAAAUUAUGAAUGAAGUAAAUAUGAAAAUAAUAAAAUAAAACGACUUGAUAAACACGAACGGAGAGAGUAUUGGGAUUUGGGAUCAAAUGUGAAUAUGUAAACAAGUCCUAAAAACUAUAAGAGUAGUCAAUCUGAAAAUUCGGCGACUGAGAAACAAAACAAAAGAACCCUAUAAUGGCCAACAAUGAGAAGCUUCCAUGGGACUCUUGGUGGA